CGCGCAGCUCGUGAAGAGCUGCUGCUGCUGCUGAUCAAAGGUGUGAGCGCGCGUUGCGGCUGGCGCUCGCUCUUAUUUACAUUCAUUCACCUCACACUGCAUCAUAGAAAAGAUCUGUGAACUGCUGCCGCUGGUUAGGAAAUGGACUUUCUAAAGGGAUUAAUGUUGCUCUGCAAUGAUACAUCUCAAGCUCUAAAUUUGCAACACCACAAGCUGUUCCUUCUGAUAGUGUGGAAAGGAUUUAAACAGCCAUAAUACUGAAGAGGAUUUUUAUGACUUACGGUAUUUCCACAUUUUACCUACAUGUCAGAAAUGCCCCCUUCUGUUAAAUGGUGCAUUAGGUGGGCUGUUUGCUUGUCCUUUGUUCUGACACUGAUCCCCAGGACCAAAGGAUCUUCACUGAACUGUCACAAAAUGUGCAUAUGCGCCAGUAACAUUGUUAGCUGUUCCAAGAUGAACUUGACAUCAGUUCCAUCCGAUCUUCCUAACUACACAGCUGUGCUCGAUAUUAGCUUUAAUGAGAUAACCGGACUGCAUGCACAAUGGACCAAGCACAAACUACCCAAUCUCCACAACCUCUUACUUAGCCACAAUGGUUUGAAUUUCCUCUCUUCCGAGGCUUUCAUUUUCGUAAAGCAGCUGCGCUACUUGGAUCUAUCGUCUAAUAACCUGCGACAGCUGGACGAGUUCAUCUUUGAGCCCCUGAUACAUCUGGAGGUUCUGCUGCUCUAUAACAACCACAUCUCACAGAUCGACCGCACUGCCUUCUUGGGCCUCACCAGCCUGCAGAAGCUCUACCUGAGCCAGAACCAGGUGUCUCGCUUCCCUCUAGAGCUGGUUAAGGACAAGUCCCGACUAGAGAAGCUGAGUCUGUUGGACUUAUCUUCCAAUCGGAUCAAAGUUCUCCCCAUCAAAGAUCUGAAAGUCUUACCGGCCUGGAUUAAGAAUGGGCUGUACUUUCAUAACAACACCAUCAUCUGUGACUGCGAGCUGUACAGUUUGAUGGCUCACUGGUAUAUCCGACGGCUAAAUUCGGCUCUGGACUUUAAAAAUGACCACACCUGUAUGUAUCCUGGCCCAGAAAAGCGAGUGCUCCGUGUGUAUGAGCUGAACACUCAUAUGAACUGCAGCACUUUUACAGAAACAGAUGAGGAGGCUUAUUUGGAGCAGACGCUCACCCUCGGCUGUGACACCCGACAUCGGAACAUGUCCAAGACUUGGAUGCUACCUGGCAACGUAGUGGUCUCCCCUGGCAAUAACCAGAGUGCUCUGGUCCUCCCAGAUGGCAGGCUUGAGAUAAAAUCGAUAAGACCUGAGAACUCAGGUGUGUAUACUUGCUUCGCUGUGAGUGAAUACCUCAAUGAAACAAUCUAUGUGGUUGUGAAAGUCCACAACUUUACCAUGAGUGGCAACAGCGAGACCCUCAACACAGCUUACACCACUUUGGUAGGCUGCUUAGCUAGCGUGGUCCUGGUCCUUAUCUAUCUGUACCUGACGCCUUGCCGUUGCUUCUGCUGUCCCGAACAGGGCAAGUCAAAGAAUCAUCAUGAAGACAGCAUUCAUUCUUCCAUGCUCAGUGUCACCCCAACACAUGAGGAUAUGGCAACAAAAGCAGAGCUCAACAGGCAUGUGGCCUUCAUAGACCCCAAGGACCUGCUGGGGCAGAAUGGCAAGGUGAAUCCAAACGGAGACGAGGAUCUUGAUGAGGAAGCCAUGCAGGGAAAAGGAAAGAGGAAGAAAUCUGUGGCAGACUCGAUAAGUUCAGUCUUUUCUGAUACUCCUAUUGUGGUCUGAGGGAACGCUGUUAGCCAUCACCAUCAUUGAUGGAUGUGUAUUUUGAGAGGUUUGGCUGGAGACAAUUCAUUUUUGUGGCUUUCUUGGACAAAGAGACAGACGUUUACCAUCCUCAGUAUUUGGCUAUAUCUGCGAAACCUAUCCAGCAUUUUAAUGUGUAGCACUUAAGUAUAUACUGUGAAAAGGUCUUGCCAUAUUAGUGGACUCUAAACUUGGAGUGUUUAGAUGUACCUGUGAUUUUAAGCCCACUAAGUGUGACUAGAGGUAAUCUGAGUAAACAUCAAAUGUUUUUUCUCAAUGAUCAAGGUGAAGAACUAGGGAGCUAGCUUUCUCUUUAAGAAACUUUUGAACAUUAAUGCAUCCAGUAUAUAAUCAAGUCAUAAGCAUGAGUUUGCAGACUGCUUAUGUUACGAAGAAUAUAGCUCAGAAUGAAUCCCUUGUUGCUAAUAGAUCACAUUUACCACCUUUAAUGCUAACUGACCAACAUUAUCACUUUAUGUACAGCCAGAAUUGGUCAUUGUGGUAGGAGAGCAAUGCACUAUUGCACUGAAAUUAUGUGAAAUAUGUUUCCAUGACAGAUCAUGGUGUGUUGAAGGAGAAUGUCAAACUGUAAGUGUCACUUUAAAACCUAUUCAUUUUCAGUCUGCUUAUAUUAAAUAUACUAUUCAUAUAUAACAGGUAAUGCACAUGACCAUUUGAUGAUGACACUUUCAUUCAUUAAGUUAAAACAAAUAUUUACCUAAUUCUUAUAAAAGUAUGAUAGAAUUAUAAAAAAAAAUAUUUUUUAUUCUUUCCACUCUGACAGAAAGGCAGUAUGACUGUUUUUUGCCAUAACUGAACCAUGAUUAAAGAAAUAAUAUUAGUUUCCGGCUCUUUGAAUCUAGGCUCUCUUCAUUCGAAUUUUUUGAAGUCAGCACUAAUAACCUUUUAACUUAAAUGUUGAGUAGUAAUCAUAAUUUCAUAAGAACUAAUAUGGAGUUCUUUCGAUCUAUAUGAGACUAAGUGAAUACAUACUGUAAGUUCAACCAACAAUUUGUUGUUUUGUUGCAAUGGCAACUCCUUGCAUAAAGAAAUAUACAUUUACAGCUCUUUGAGCUCAUCUGUCAUGACAACCAGAGAGUGACAUAUUACCAAAAUGCUAAUAAAAUCUUUAAAUAGAAUGAGGUGUCCAACUGCCUGUGUUCUCUUCUCUAUAGCUGAGAUGAUUUAUACCCGGAUAUAAAAGGCAAAACCGUUUCGGACUGCUCAGAAUUCUUCUUAAUUUGCGUUCAUUUGCACUUGUGCUGGUUGGAGUCAGUGCUGACUCAUCCAUUGUCAGAAUGGAUAUAAUAUUUCUUGAGCCCCUGGAGCGACAAUGUAAUCUUUAUC